UGUUGAAAUGAUUACAUAAUAAACAGCUUUAGUGUAGGCAGAGACAGAGGUGUCACAGACCACUCUCUCACUCUGUUGCUCUCUCUCUCUCUGUCAUCUGUGCUAGGCGGAGGUUGGCACCACAUUGACUGUAAAUGCCAUGUUGUGUCCACAAAUCUCUUCUCACUUAUCUUUAUGGUGUGUGCAUGCGUGUGUGUGUGUGUGUGUGUGUAUGUCUUUGUGCGAGUGUAGAUACCGUAGGUCAAUGGAAUUUUAACUGUCCUGAUGAUAACCGAGUGUUUUCCAUUCAGAUCCCAAGACAUGUUAGUAUCCGGUCCCUGAGAAAACUGUUGGAUGUGGAUGUGGGAAACAAUUAAUCAAAAACGAAAAGAAAAAUAAGGAAGGAGAAUGAUUGGCAACAUACAGUAGCUGGUAUUUAUAGUUUUCUCCUAUUUGCCAAAACCCAUCAUCAUGACAUCCUUGGACAGGAAACAGGAAGUAGACAAUGUUCCAUCAGAACAGAGAAGCGAGAUAAAAGCAACACUCCAUCUGUCAUCCCUCUCUCUCCUUCUCUCUCUCUCCCCCUCUCUACCAUCUCUCUCUCUCUAUCACCCCCCUCUCUUUCUCUGAUCCCAGUCAUCCCAGUACUGCUUGAGGUUUGACCAUUCCAUUCCACUGGGGCAUGACGGAGGCCUGGUGCGAGACGUAAAGCGUUGUGUGUGUGUUUGUGUCCGUGUGUGUGUCACAGAGAGAGAGUAACGGAAAGAGAGAGAACUAAAAUUUGAACACAAAAAACAAGACUCAACAUGCUACCACACACUAAGAGCCAGACACUGUCGUAAGCCAACAGAGUUUUACAGUCAAAUGUGAGUGUGUGUGCACGCCUGCCUUGACUUGCCUCAGAGAACUUUCUAGACUUCUGACCAGAGAUGACAUCACAUCACUCUUGUUGCCAUGGAGCCCCGCCUGUCUGUCUGUCUGGCUUAGCAUUGCACUAACACACACUCGGGUUCUGUCUUUAAUGUGGUGUGUUUGGUAGGGUACAAGCAGAGCUCUAAUGACUGGCAUUAUAGUUUCCAGUAAGACAUUCAUGAUAGUACUGGUUCUGUCUUACCCAUCACACACACACACACACACACACACACACACACACACACACACACACUGUUCUGUACUCUGCUAUUUUGGAAGACAGCUUCCAUUGACUUCCUGUAGCUCUCUGCAGGGCCAGCGUCAGCCAAUGAGGUAUCAGAAUCUUUAACAAAUGGCCCUCUACUGUUAGUGGACAACUAUUGGUUCUAUUCUGGGCUGUGUGUGUGUGGGAGUCUUGGAUUUCCUCAAAUUCAAGUCCACACACAGGCAAGCACAUACACACACACACACACACUGCUGCAGGGAUGAUCUGCACUGCAGUAGAAAGUGAUAAUACAUGCAGAGCAACAUACUCUUACUCUUGGACAGAAACAACUUCUCUACGAAGCCGACAAUGUUAUGACUCUAUUCAACGGUUCAAGUUCUCCUCUCUUCUCCUCCUCUCCUCAUCCAGGUGUGCCCUGUUCUGAGGGUUGAGAGCUAGGCAUGUUGGGUAAAGACCCCCCCACCACCAGCAGCCUUAACCUGAUGACCUCUGACAUCGCUGUGGAACCCAAUGACAUCACAGACGGCCUCGGCAUCAGCAGGAAGAUGUCGGAGGUAGUUGAGAGUUUGGACACCAGAGAGUUGGACAUGGGAGAUGGAGAGGAGACUGACAAUGACCCUACCACCAUAGGGGACAGUCGUAUAGGGUUCAGUGCUGUGUAUCACACCGUGGGUUUUAAGGAGUCUGAAGCCAGGGUCUAUCUCCCUACUGUCCCCAUCACUGCUAAGAUACUGGAGGUGGAGAGGUUCAACACAGCCCAGGACAGGUUCAACAUCACGGCACAGAGGAGUGUCAACAAGAGUCAGCCUGCAGUGUUUAAGAUUGAGCUGAGACAUGGAGAGUUCAGCUGGGUGGUCAAGAGAAAGGAGAAACACUUCAUGGACCUCCACGGAGAACUGGUCCGAUACAAGAUGUUCAUGAGGGUACCGCUACCCUCCCGCAGCCACACAACGAGGAGGAGGACAAUGAAGAAGAGUGAAGCCAGACAUAUUCCUGAGCUACCGCGUGGCGGAGAUGAGUUGGCACAAGACGAACAGGUCUACAGCAGAAGGAAACAGCUGGAAGAUUAUCUGAACAAGCUGCUAAGGAUGGCCAUGUACAGAAAAUACUACCACACUAUGGAGUUUAUAGACGUCAGCCAGAUGUCCUUCAUCCAUGACCUGGGACCUAAAGGACUGGAGGGGAUGAUACACAAGCGUUCCGGAGGUCAUCGUAUCCCAGGCUUGAACUGCUGUGGUCACAGUGAAGCCUGCUACCGCUGGUCUAAACGCUGGUUGGUGGUGAAGGAUUCGUUCCUCUUCUACAUGAAGCCAGACUCAGGAGCCAUUUCCUUUGUUCUCCUGUUGGACAAAGAGUUCAGCGUCAAAAUGGACUCCAAAGACACAGAGACCAAAUACGGAGUACGCAUCGACAGCCUCUCCAGGUGCCUUGUACUGAAGUUGAACAGCUACAGACAUGCUCGGUGGUGGGGCCAGGCGAUAGAAGACUUUGUCCGUAAACACGGGAGGGCGUUUCUACGAGACCAUCGAUUUGGUUCCUUUGCUCAGGAGGAGCAGAACAUCCCUGCCAAAUGGUAUGUGAAUGGGAAGACCUACAUGGAGGAUGUAGCUGAUGCUCUGGAAGAAGCUAAAGAAGAGAUCUUCAUCACUGACUGGUGGUUGAGUCCAGAGAUCUUCCUGAAGAGGCCAGUUGUGGAGGGAAACAAAUGGAGACUGGACUGCAUCCUCAAACGCAAAGCACAAUUGGGGGUUCAUAUCUUUGUGAUGCUCUAUAAGGAGGUGGAGCUAGCUCUGGGCAUCAACAGUGAAUACAGCAAGAGAACACUAAUGCACCUGCACCCCAACAUCAAGGUGAUGCGCCACCCGGACCAUGUGUCGUCGUCUGUCUACCUGUGGGCACAUCACGAGAAGAUCAUCGUCAUCGACCAAUCAGUGGCCUUCGUUGGCGGGAUAGACCUGGCGUAUGGUCGCUGGGACGACCGAGAGCAUCGCCUGACAGACGUGGGGAGUGUGACACGCUCUGUUGCCCUGGAGAUGGAGCAGUCUCAGAGCUCUGCCCACCAUCCCUCCAGUAGGGGAGUGUCCUCUACUGAUGGUGCCGCCAAUAGCAACGGAGGCAAACAAUCACUGCCUGGCAACCCAGGGGUGGAGCUACCACGGCUGAAGGGGAUUGGACGAACCAGGAGGAUGCACUUCUCCCUGGUCAAACACCUCCACAAACACACUCUGCAGCAUGCAGACAUCAUCAGCUCCCUGGACAGCGCUGGCAGUGGUUCAGUGCGGUGCCUCCAGACAGGUGUAGGAGAGCUGAGGGGUAACACCAGGUUUUGGCAUGGAAAAGACUACUGCAACUUCGUCUACAAGGACUGGAUACAGCUGGAGAAACCCUUCGAUGACUUCAUUGACAGGUACACCACUCCCAGGAUGCCGUGGCAUGACAUCUCCUCUGUGGUCCAUGGGAAAGCUGCCAGGGACGUGGCCAGACACUUCAUACAGCGCUGGAACUUCUGUAAGAUAAUGAAGCCUAAGUAUCAUUCUCUCUCCUACCCGUACCUCCUGCCCAAGUCUCACAGCAGUGCCAGCGAGCUGAGGUACCAGGUGCCCGACUGUGUUCCCACUAGAGUACAGGUGUUGCGGUCAGCAGCUGACUGGUCAGCGGGUAUUAAGUAUCAUGAGGAGUCCAUCCACAACGCCUACCUCCAGACUAUCGCCAGGAGCAAGCACUUCAUCUACAUAGAGAACCAGUUUUUCAUCAGUUGUUCAGACAACAAGAUGGUCUAUAACAAGAUCGGAGAAGCGCUCAUCGAGAGGAUCCUCAGAGCUCACAAGGAGGGCAAGAAGUUCCGGGUGUACGUGGUGACUCCACUACUUCCUGGGUUUGAAGGUGACAUCACAACAGGGGGAGGAAACGCCCUUCAGGCCGUCAUGCACUUCAACUACAGGACCAUGAUCAGAGGUGAAUACUCCAUCAUCUCCCAGCUGAAGAAAGAAAUGGAUGAACUACAGUGGAUGAACUACAUCUCGUUCUGUGGUCUGAGGACCCACGCUGAGCUGGAGGGACGCCUGGUCACAGAGCUCAUCUACGUCCACAGCAAGAUGCUCAUCGCAGAUGACAACACCGUCAUCAUCGGUUCGGCCAACAUCAACGACCGCAGCAUGUUGGGGAAGCGUGACAGCGAGGUGGCGGUGAUCAUUGAGGAUUCUGAGACCGUUACUGCGGUGAUGGACGGACAUGAGUACCAGGCUGGACGCUACGCACUGGCGCUACGUCUAGAGUGCUUCAGGACUAUCCUUGGAGCCCAUAUGGACACGACCAUAGAUGUGUCUGACCCCAUCUCUGACCGCUUCUAUAAGGAUGUCUGGAUGACCACCGCUGGACGCAACGCAACCAUCUAUGAGAAGGUGUUCCGGUGCCUGCCGUCCUCCCUGGUUCGUAACAUGUCUGAGUUAGAGAGUUACCAGACGAACCCAGGCCUGGCCCAGUCUGACCCAGGUAAAGCCCAGGAGGAGCUAAGGAGGAUCAGAGGGUUCCUGGUUCAAUUCCCUCUGGACUUCCUCUCAGAACAGAACCUAAUGCCUUCUGUUGGGACCAAGGAGGGCAUGGUGCCUACUGAGAUCUGGACCUAGAGGACUAGAUACACACACACACACACACACACACUCAGGACAAGACACACACACACACACAGGACAAGAUACACACACACACACACACACACACAGACCACUGCAUUGAACUGUGGAUCUUUAGAAUGAAGUUGAACUCUGGACCUCCAGCUGAUAGCUGACAACUUAAACCACAAACAUGGAGGACCAUGAUGCUGCUUGGCCCGUCACAUCCACAACUCAGCCAAUGAGACUGAUGAGGAAGUGUAGGGUUCUCAUAUCCAUUCAGGAGGACGCAGCGCUACAGAAUAUUCAGAUAGAAAUAUAGAAGUGAUCAUCACUUCUCAUCAUGUAGGAUAGGGACCUGGUUAGCUCCAUAUUCAUAUUUUUCUAUCUGCAAAUGUAUAGGUUUAGAAUGUUUCACCUGACUGAAUACACCUGAAAAUGGGUGAAGAAAAUGAGCACCUUAUUCCAAGUAGAACCUCCUUCAUUUCUAAAUGUUUUGUCCUGUUUUGUGCCUUCUGAACACGACCCUGGACACUCCUAUGCCUGUCACCUACUCCGUUGGUUAUGCAUGUUCGUAUGGUCGUAGCACUACGUAAGCUUAUACACUGUCUUUAGCUGUAGUGCCUAAAGUUCUGUUAUUUCUUUCUAGAAUGGAGGUUGUCUUUGAGAAGAACACAUGUAAAUGUUUACAAUCUAAAUAUGGAAUUGUUCUGUAAAAUCGUAAUUGUAAAACGAGACUUUUAAAGCUCACCAUAAAUGUUAUGUUAAAUUAACCACAAAACAUGAUUAAAAACUCACUGAAUUUCAGCAUGAAUCGCAACUACCUACGGCCUUCGGUCUUCUGCCUUUAAAUAUACCUACUGUUCUAUCACUCCUUGUAAGUAUUUGUAUUGCCAAUUGUAUACAUAAUGUAUCAUAUUGCCAAUUAUUUAAUUAAAUCAUCAAUCCCAUAAUUUCUAAA